UCAGCACCAUGCUGCUAUAGUAGUGCUGUUAUCAGUCAUUAUGUCAAGCUUAAUAAACACGUAUCAGCGUCUGUGUCUCUCUGUCCUGAAAUCCAGGUGGAAAUGCAAACAACAAAUAUAUAAAUUAUCUUCACUCUGCACUGGAGUGCGAACCGUGGAAGGAAAAGUAAAAUGUGGUGGACCUUACCCUACUAAUUCAGUAGAUUCUGUGUUUAAGCCAGCAGCGUUGUGGGUCAACAGAACUUGGAUUGAUCUUGCACUUGGACACAUACAGAGAAGAGGACUGUAUUUGACCACUCCCCUUGCAGAAGAAAAUGCUUUUCAGUUCAAAGAGUUAACAGAAGCUGUGUAUGAAAAGCUAGCAGAUGAGACGUUGGAUGCACUUGCAGAUUACUUCGAGGAUCUCACUGAUGAGAGCUUCACUGCACCUGAUUAUGAUGUAGUCUUUUCUAGUGGUGUCCUGACUGUGAAAGUGGGUGGCGACCACGGCACGUAUGUCAUCAAUAAACAAACGCCAAACAGACAGAUUUGGCUUUCAUCUCCCACAAGUGGGCCAAAACGUUAUUACUGGACGGGCAAGAGCUGGGUGUACUCACAUGAUGGGGUGGCCUUACAUGAUCUGCUUUCCAAAGAAUUCUCUGCCAUCUUUCAGACAAAUAUAGACCUAUCACAUCUAGUUUAUUCCUGAUGAUGCCAGAAUGACUCGCAAACUCAAUCAGAAUCUUAAGUGCAUUCGUGCAGACGAGCAGAUAUGAACAGAUGUUUGCCAUUACUGUUUGAAAUCAAAAAUAUGUUCAGUUGUCCAGCUGUCGAUUUGUAUGCUACAUUGUGCCAACUGAUGGCACAUGGUGAUGUAACUUCUGUUUUAUCUGCAAAACUCCUCAAAUUUAAUGUUAUUCUGAUUCUAUACAGAUCCAUGUACUUGACUCCAUUGUGCACUGACCACAAAUUUUUAUCAGUUUAAGGGUUUUAUCAAUUUAAGUUCAUUUAUUAAAGCUUUUGUUAUCAUACAAGUA